ACUACUGCAGCACCUACAACCACAACUGCAGCACCAACAACCACAACUGCAGCACCUACAACCACAACUGCAGCACCUACAACCACAACUGCAGCACCUACAACCACUACUGCAGCAACUACAACCACAACUACAGCACCAACAACCACAAUUGAAGCAUCUACAACCACUACUGCAGCACCUACAACCACAACUGCAGCACCUACAACCACAACUGCAGCACCAACAACCGCAACUGAAGCACCUACAACCACAACUGCAGCACCAACAACCACAACUGCAGCACAUACAACUACCACUUCACCAACAACUACAACUGCAGCAUCAACACCCACGACUGGAGCUCCUACAACCACAACUGCAGCACCUACAACCACAACUGCAUUACCUACAACCACAACUGCAGCACCUACAACCGCAACUGAAGCACCUACAACCACAACUGCAGCACAAACCACCACAACCGAAGCACCAACAACCACAACUGCAGCACUUACAACCACAACUGCCGCACCUACAACCACAACAGCAGAACCUACAACCACAACUGCAGCACCUACAACAACUGCAGCACCAGCAACAACAACUGAAGCACCUACAACCACAACUUCAGCACCAACAACCACAACUGCAGCGCCUACAACCACAUCUGCAGCACCUACAACCACAACUGCAGCACCUACAACCACCACUGCAGCACCUACAACCACAACUGCAGCACCAACAACCACAAUUGAAGCACCUACAACCACUACUGCAGCACCUACAACCACAACUGCAGCACCAAGAAUCACAACUGCAGCACCAACAACCACGAUUGCAGCACCUACAACCACAACUGAAGCACCUACAACCACAACUGCAGCACCAAAAACCACAACUGCAGCACCUACAACCACAACUGCAGCACCAAAAACCACAACUACAGCACCUACAACCACAUCUGCAGCACCUACAACCGCAACUGAAGCACCUACAACCACAACUGCAGCACCAAAAACCACAACUGCAGCACCUACAACCACAACUGCAGCACCUACAACCACAACUGCAGCAGCUACAACCACAACAGCAGCACCUACAACCGCAACUGCAGCACCUACAACCACAACUGCAGCACCUACAACCACAACUGCAGCACCUACAACCACUACUGCAGCACCUACAACCACCACAACUGCAGCACCAAAAACCACAACUGCAGCACCUACAACCACAACUGCAGCACCUACAACCACAACUGCAGCACCUACAACCACAACAGCAGCACCUACAACCGCAACUGCAGCACCUACAACCACUACUGCAGCACCUACAACCACUACUGCAGCACCUACAACCACAACUGCAGCACCAACAACCACAAUUGAAGCACCUAAAACCACUACUGCAGCACCUACAACCACAACUGAAGCACCAACAACCACAACUGCAGCACCAACAACCACAAUUGAAGCACCUACAACCACUACUGCAGCACCUACAACCACAACUGCAGCACCUACAACCACAACUGCAGCACCUACAACCACAACUGCAGCACCUACAACCACAACUGCAGCACCUACAACCACAACUGCAGCACCAACAACCACAACUGCAGCACCAACAACCACAAUUGAAGCACCUACAACCACUACUGCAGCACCUACAACCACAACUGCAGCACAAACAACCACAACUGCAGCACCUACAACCACAACUGCAGCACCUACAACCACAACUGCAGCACCUACAACCACAACUGCAGCACCUACAACCACUACUGCAGCACCUACAACCACAACUGCAGCACCAACA